AUGACAACCAAAAUCGGGAUUUACCAAUCUAAAAUUAAUCAUUUAAUCAUACAAAAUAAAGAAAAUGGAAGUCAUUUUAUUAAGAAUAUUGUCAAUAAAGCAAUUAUGUCUAAUGAAAUACAACAUCUAGAAAUUAAUAAUAUAAUAGUGUUUUGUUCAACAAAUGGUAUUAUUACAAAUUAUGAAGUCAAUAUAUCACUUCAACAAGCAGAUAAUAAUUUGCUAAUUAUUUUUCCAAAGAAAUAUGGUUUUUUUAUUGUACCAAAUCCAAUUUAUAUUAUCAUUGAUUUUAUUGAUAUUUCUUUUGUAUUAAUUAAAUCAAUCACUCAAACAUUUAGUUUUUGUUAUUCAGCUUUUACUCAAUACUUUAAGACAUUUCCUCAUGUAUUUGAUAUCGUUUGUCCAUGUUUUGAAUAUCAAAAUUGUCAAACAACUGUUAAUAUUUCUGUUGAUGGAACAUUUAUUGUUACUCGUUCAAUUGUUUAUUCACCAAGACAAUAUGAAUUGGUUGAUGGAUAUUAUAACUCAUUAUUUAUUCUUUCUCUUAAAGGAAAGAGUAUAUUAGAAGAUCCUCUUUCUAUUAGAAUUCUUUCUAAUCUCAAUCAUCGGUUUUGUGUUUAUUAUGAUGAUGGUAGAGAAGUUUUUGUAUCUCAUCCAAAACAAGGACUUAAAACUGGAAGAACAAAUUCAGCAAGGUUUAGAAAUGUUAAUAGAAUUCAAUCGGAACGUUACUUUUUAAAUAAAGAAGAACCAUCUAUUCCUAUAGAAAAAAAUACUUUUCAUGCUGGUGUUAUUGCAUUGUUUAAUGAAGAAAAAAGAAAAGAAUUAGCAGAAUGUCUUAUACUUAUUGAUGUAACAAAUCAAGACACAAUUAAAGACGCCCUCUUUGCAAUUCAACAAAAAUUAUUUCAUAAUAAAUUAACAAUUGUAAUUCUUUCUUCAGAUGGAGAUAUUAUAUUAAAUGAAAUUAAUGAUGAAAUUCGUAAUAUUAUUUUUUCUAAAACAUUAACUAAUGUAAAACAUCAAGAAGCUUUAUUUUAUGUUAAUGAAUCAUUAAAAAAUAAUAAAGAUAUUCAUGUUGUAUUAAUAACAGAACAUCAAACAAUAAAUUCUGAUUUUACUAAUAUCUUAAUAGCUGGUUGUCAACUAACAUAUAUCCCAACACCUGAACUUUUCACUCAAAUUCAACAUUGUAUAUUAAAUAUCUUUUCUUUAACUCGUUUUAAUCUUAUUACUGGAUUAUUAAGUAUUGAAUUGUUUUUAGAAGCAUUAGACUCAAUUUGUUAUCUUCCAACAGUUCCAUCAAUUUCUCAUUCAUCAACUUUAGCUAAUUUCCCUCAACCAAUUUUUUAUACCUCUAACAGAACGGUUAUCCUUUAUCUAUGUCUUUCUUCAGAAACUCAAUCUAUCAAAAUUUCUACAAAUAACCAUCUUUCAACAAGAAGUUCUAUUAAGUUAUUAGACCCAAUCAUGUAUUUAAUGAGUCAAAUGAUACACUGGUCUAUAACCCCAAUUAAACUAAAUCCUAGAACGAUUAUUCGUGAAAAUAUUAUGUUAGGUCAACCUGCAAAAAUUUCUGCUAAAAAAAUUAAAAAAACAACUCCCAGUACUAGGUUAAGACUUUCUCGUUCAAUUGGUCAUUCAACAGAACCACUACUUUCGUCGCAUCUCAAUGAUAAAAGAAAUGAAACUUUAAAAAAAUUUUCUGCUAUUAUAAAUACUACUAAAGCAGAUGAAACAGGAUUAAAUGCCAUUAGAGUUUGUGAUAUUAAAGAUCGAAUCAUCUCUUGUUAUCUCCAACAUUACACUGACCAAAUUAUUCCACCAUCUUUUCAUAGUGAUAUUAAUCAAAUUUAUUCAAUGAAAAAUUGGAUUCUUAUUCCCGCUAAAACAACUUCAACACCUCACAUUCCAUCUCACUCUUAUGAUAAAUGUAUUGGAAUAGAAGAAGUGGAUACAAUCUUUUCUAAAUUUAAUUUUCCUUUAUCAAAACCAUUAUCUCCUAAAGACCAUUGUUUUUCUUCUCACACAGAAACUGGUCCAAGAAAAUGUAAUGAAGAUUUUAGUGUCUAUAUAGAUGAUUUAAAUUUACUUUCAACUUCUCAGUAUGGACGUAUAACUGUGUUUGGUGUAUUUGAUGGUCAUAUGGGAACAUCAGCAUCCGAUUAUUGUUCAUUUAAAAUUUUCAAUUAUCUUGUUUCAAAUCCUCAUUUCACAGAAAAUAUUCAAAUGGCAUUAAAAGAAUCUUUUAAACAAGUUAAUAAAGGUUUCUUAACUAUUGCAGAUGUUCUUCAUAUUAAUGCAGGGACAACUGCUGGAGUUUGUGUUAUUGAUGAUAAAAAAAUUACUACUGCUAAUAUUGGUGAUACAGAAAUAAUAUUUUGUAAGAAGAACAGUAAACCGAUAAUACUUUCUAACAAACAUUCUCCAAACAACGAAGUUGAAAAACAAAGAAUUGAACUUGCUGGAGGUAAGGUUUUUUACUUCCAUGGAUGGAGAGUAGAAGGAUUACUAGGAGUAUCGCGUAGCAUUGGUGAUAUUGCAUUAAAAAAGUUUGUGACUGACGAGGCAGACACAAAUCAGAUAGAAAGGAGUCCAGACGAUGAGUUUGUUUUAAUUGGAUGUGAUGGUCUUUGGAAUGUAAUUUCUUAUGACUUUUGUGCAGACAUUGUUAGAGAAUAUUUAUAUACAAAUGAUUACAAUGGUGUUGAUGAAAAUGGAAUCAAGAAACCAACAAAUAAAAAAGAUAUCGCUCGUUACUUAGUAGAUUUAGCUUUAUUCAAACAAAGUUUAGAUAAUGUUACAGUGUCAAUAUAUUUCUUUUCUCAAUAA